AUGACUCUGCUAUGGCUUGUACUCUUCCUUCUUCAUCCAGGAUAUACUUUAGUUCCCGUGGUCACAGUCCAGCCAGGGGAACCGGUGACUUUGAGAUGCGUAAUGACUGAGAAGUUUGAAACUGUGACGUGGGUUCACUGGUACAAGCAAAGUGCAGGAAAUAAUUUGAUAUUAAUUGCAAUGCUGCGUAAAAGUACAAGUGCAACGCCCACCUACGGCCCGGGAUUCUCAAAAUCAAGAUUCCAAAUAACAUAUAUUGGCAACAUGAGCAACUUGAUAAUUUCAUCAACAGUAGAACAAGAUGAGGGAAUGUACCAUUGUGCCUAUAUGGACUGGACUGAAUCUACUUGGACUGGGACCUAUUUGUCUUUAGCAGAAAACUCUCAGAGGAUUUCGAGCUUCACUGUUGUUCAGGAGCCAACAGUUUCUAACCCCGCCAGUGACACAGACUUAGAGACUCUGCAGUGUUCGGUUCUCUCUGACUCUGUAAAUGCAACCUGCUCAGGAGAACCCAGUAUGUUCUGGUUCAGAGCCAUAUCAGAUACAUCCUAUCCAGAUUUCAUCUUUGCUGAGGGAAAAAUACCUGAAAACUGUGAAAAGACAACAAACAAUCAGAAGAAAUGUAGUUAUAAUUUCACUAAAGUUGUCAAAUCAUCUGAAGCUGCCAUUUAUUACUGUGCUGUGGCCACAUGUGGACAGAUAUUAUUUGGAAAUGGAACAAACCUCAUGUUGCCAAAGAGCAAUCCAGGUAUUGUGCGUAUUGUGCCAUUUGUGCCAUCACAGAAAAAUCAUGCUUUUCUGAAUCAUUGAUAUUUUUAUCUGUCUUUGUUUUCUAGGUGAAAAAACAAGUAUUGUAAGGAUUAUGCUGGUGAUUAUAUUAAUCUGCUUGGCCAUUUCUGUGAUCUUGAAUAUUAUUUUUAUUUGUUGCCGAAUUCAAAGAUCAGCCUGUGCUCAAUAUAAGAGUAAGUGUAAUUUACUAAGCUAAUUUUUUAAAACCACAGUCACAUUAAUUAUCUUUUCCUAUUUACACAGAGAGUUCCUCUUCUCAACCAAGACACAAUGACUCAAGCCAACCAAGAAAUGAGACUGACAAUGGACAGGAUCUGAAUUAUGCUGCAUUAAAUUUCUCUGAAAGGAAAGAGCCAAGAAGAAUGAAGAAAAGAGAACUGAAGAAUGAAG